AUAAUUUUGCAUUUCCGGGGAGAGAACUGUAAAUAAACAAUACAGUUCUCUCCCAUCAGCUCCUGCAUACUGCUAUGCAUGGCUUUGCAUAGCAGAGCCAUGCAUAGCAGCGUGCUUGCAGUGAAGCACACACACACAGCACACAGCAAAACAACACACAGUUAACCCUUUGAUCGCCCCAGAUGUUAACCUCUUCCUGCCCAGUGCCAUUAGUACAGUGUCAGUGCUUUUUAUUAGCACUGAUCACUGUAUUGGUGUCACUGGGGAUGUUAGUGACACCAAGUCAUUUCCCUCCAGUGUCAGAAUGCCCACCGCAGUCCCAAAGUCCUGCUAUAAGUCGCUGAUCACAGCUAUUACUAGUAAAAAUAAA